CGACAUACUUCAUGAAAUAUACCACAGUGCCAACAGUGAUCCGUUCUUAAUUCUCGACGUCGUUUCCCGUGGUCUCGACCCGGCCCUUGAAUCGCAUCGAUCCCUCAAAAUGGCUCGUCUAAGAUCCCUCCGGGUCCCUCGCCCCAAGAAAUUCCUUCUCCUCCUCCCCAUCUCCACCGCUAACACCCUCCUCCUCUUCGUCCUCCUCCUCAACAAGGCCUCCGGCAUCUAUGGCCUGCUCGCGCCCCUCACCGGCGCCCCCCUCUCCUCGCUACAAGCGACCAUGUACAUCUACUCCGUCCUCAGCCUCGUCUUCGUCCUCUUCUACCUCGUCCCUCACAUCCGCGCCACCUCCUCCACCACGCCCGCCGACCCGUUCAAGACCCUCCUCUGGGCCUACUUCUACGCCCUCGACGCCCUCGUCAACAUGCUCUUCACCGUCGCCUUCGCCUUCGCCUGGUUCUUCGUCGUCGCCCAGCACGACAGCAAGCCUGUCCCCGGCGCCCAAGGCGUCGAACAAAAUGCGGGGUUCACCGCCCCAGAGCUCAACGUGUCGCGGGUCGAGAUCCUCGCGACCCCAAAACCAGGCCUCACACCGGGGCAGGAGGCAGUCGCGGUCGGGGCGCCCGACGGGCAGCCGACUGGUGACGCGUCCCUCGGGACGGUGCUCCUCCACAGCAGCAGCAUCUUUAGCAUCAUGAUCGUCGCCAUCCUCUGGAGCCUGCGGAUCUACUCGAUCCUCGUGGUCAUGGCGUACGCGCGCAUGGUGGUGCGCAAGCACGUCGCACGCAGCGGGGAAAACACGUUCGACAUUGCGUCCGGGAGCGGAACGGCGGAGAUCGCGGAGGAUCCGUUCCGCGCGGGGCGACCGGAAGGGGAGGGAUGGAAGGGGAGAAUGGGGCGGGCGUUCGUCGGGGUGAAUCGGUCGUAUUGGCUGGGGAAGGAGGAGACGGACGAUGAGGAGGCGAGGUGGAUGGAGCCGUUUAGCACGAGGUUUAAGAGGAGCGACGACCAUAUUGGCGUCAAGGAGAGGGAACGGAGGCGGAGGAGUGGGACCGACCCGCCGAAGCCGCGAGGCUUACCAGAUGCGAUCGAAUUGCGGUGA